CAAUGAAUAGAUAAAAGCCUAGGGAUGACGUGGCCGGGAAUGUUGCGUGGAAUCCGGGCGGAUAGGAAGGCUUUGGGGGCAGGAAACUGCAACGUGAAGAAAGGCUGAGUGGAAACAAGCAGCACGACCGGUAAAGCGGGGUGCAGAGCCGUUGUAGUCUACUAGAUGGGCGUGGUUUCGGGAUGCAGGGCAUGACUUAAGGAUGCUGGGCUCGGUCGCGAAGCUGUCAAAAGAGACUUUGCAGUGAGCAGUUUUGAUUCCACUACUGAGGGAUGCUGCCUGGGGCUGCUAUCCUGUCUUCCUGAAAGUUAGUAUAAUGACCUUGACUAAGGGCUCAUUCACUUACUCUAGUGGAGAGGAAUACUGUGGGGAAUGGAAGGAAGGGCGUCGACAUGGAAUCGGACAAUUGACUUUUGCUGAUGGCAGCAUUUACGUUGGACAUUUUGAAAAUGGUCUCUUCAAUGGAUAUGGAGUGCUCAGUUUUGCAGAUGGUUCCAGAUAUGAGGGGGAAUUUAUGCAGGGAAAAUUCAAUGGUGUUGGUGUCUUCACACGCUAUGACAACAUGAUCUUCGAGGGAGAAUUCAAGGGUGGACGGGUUGAUGGCUUUGGACUUUUGACUUUUCCUGAUGGCUCUCAUGGGAUACCCCGUAAUGAAGGCUUUUUUGAAAACAACAAACUCUUGCGACGGGAAAAGUGCCAGACAGUGGUCCAACGUGCACAGAGUGCCUCCAAAAUGGCACACAGCUUGACAGCAUAAGGGGCAUAAAUUCUACAAUAAUACAGGGCUUUCUUAUGACUGGCAGCCUAACCCACAGGUUGGUAAGAGUGUGGAGUACAAAAUUCACAGAGGCAAAUACUAUCUCUAGGAUGCAAACUAUCAUAACUGAAUCCUGCUUGCCUUUAUCAUUUCCUUAAGCAGCCUGGCCCCUAUUAUGUGAACUGGUGCCAAAACUCAGCCAUGAAGCCUAUGUCUCCUGUCAGGAUCACAUCCAAGAUCAUAGCAUUUCCUCUGUCAGAAGCAUUCUCCAUUAGACAGAUUGCUAAUCCUAUAUAACCCCACAACUGAGUUGGGCACAAUCCAUCCAUCUUUCUUGCCACAAACCUAACACAGCUGGAACAUUAUAUGAUCAGCUGAGUUGGUUUCCAGUGGUCAAAGGAAGAUUAAAGAACUUGCAUUUAGCUUAAUUUUCUAUCUUCUUAUAUGUCCCUAAACCUCCAGUUGAUUCCUCACUGCUCAGUCUUCCUUUCUUUAUAAAAAAUAAAUGAAUAAAUACAAAAAGCAAAGAAUUAACAUACUGAGUGGAAUUAAGAAUUCUAGACUUUCUGAAUGUGACUUUUAACAGUUUUGCAGAUCAGCAUGAUAAGAAUGUCUGAGUUCUGCUAUGCUUUAUGCUCCAGAAUAGAUCCAGGAUCUUUUCCACUCUUUACUCUAGCCUUGUGUUUUACACAAUUUGCUAAGGCCGCUUUCACUGUGAGCUUCUUGUAUGACAGACAUCAUUUCACAAUCAUCCCUUCCUUACAUGAGAUGUAGGUCACUUUCUAAGGGCCACAAUAGGAAGAGAUUAACUAAGCUCCAGAGAUGUUACAUGGUUUUCAUUUACCAUAGUGUCAUAUACAUACAGCUGUAUUAUUUUACAAAUGUUAAAAAGGGAGUAUCGUUACUUUAUUAAAAUCUUGCUUCUGCUAAUCAUAGGACAAGGCAAAGUUUUGCAAAUGCCUUCCUACUUCAUAACUGGAAGUUAUUUGCACACAAAUACUUAGUCUCCACCCACACUUCCCUCUUUUGGAUUCUGAAAUUUUACCACACAUUCCAUUAAUGUUUCAAGCCUGACUUUGCUGCCUUAAUGGCUAGACAUUUGCUUUAAAAUAAAAAUGAAUCUCAGGAUGCUGAUCACUAGUCCAAAAUAUUAUAUCACACAAUAAUGGCAUUUCUAACCCUAUAUGUAUCCAAAAUAAGCAACAGCAUGUUUUAUACAAUGCUGUAAAGCUAAAGAGACAGCUGUUCCUAGAUAAUGCCAUACUAUAUAUCUUUAUAGAACAGUGUUUCUCUAUCUUGGCACCUUUACAAUGUGUGGACUUCAACUCCCAGAAGUCAUCAGGAAGUCCACAUAUCUUAAAGGUGCCAAGGUUGAGAAACACCAUUGUAGAAAAUGAAUUAAGUAACACUGGAAUCUAGCACAACAGCUUAUAAUAAAUGUGGAGACUGCAGGGCAUUCUUAAUAUAUAUUACAAAUAGAUGGGCAAUGAUAUGGAAGGGAUAAUUAGUUCCUUGCUAGAGAUGCAGGCUGAAUGAAAAUGCCAGGCUGGCAGAAUAAAAGUUAAAUUUUCUGGAGGUGAUAGCAAAUCCCUCAAUGGGAUAACAAUUGAGUUAAAAUGGGUCAAUAAAGAUUAACUCUAUCUGUCAAUCAUUUUAUGUUUCUGUGCACUAAAAUUAAACAUGGGAUUGUUUAAAAUAGGGGAGGGGGGUUCUUAGUCAAGCAUUGACCCAUGUAAUGUGUGUUCCUAAGUGCCAUGCUGGAGACCUUGUAACCAGCUGAUCUCCACACUGAAUGUUUGUGUGUCAAUGCUACCCUCGUGCCUUUGUGUCUUUGCCCAUCUAAGGGCCUUGGCCAAAUAAAGAGUUACUGAAGCUCGA